AAAAGGCAUGCAGCCGCAGCUUGUAGUCGUAGAUCUACUGACUGUUGUACUUGUUUGUAGGCUUGCGAAGGAAGAGCCUACAAAACGAUUACAGUAGGUCUACGACGGACUAGUUUUACUUUAGAACUCAAGGAAUAGGAGACCGAGUCACUCAGUGAACCAGUUACCUAAAAGACAACCAAUACAACCAGCGAAGUCACGCCAGAACUUGCAGAAGAAGUGCUCGCUGCCAUCGUGUGCCUGUCAUCAACUGUCCACCUAUGCAAACACUAACGUCUGCAGAUCUGAGGAACUGAAACUCGAAGGUGACGGACAACUAACUGUUACUUUUGUUUCUUGCCCGUCGUCUGCUGGCGACAGUCCCGUCGGAAGUCUGAUCGCAUUGAGCGCCUAUGCGCCUCAUUCACCCAUCACCGAUCCGCAAGCGAAACUUCCGACACAUCGCUGCCGUUUCGAGCGGUCAUGGGGAGCGAGCAGUGGCGCUCACACGAUGCAGUCGUUGUAGCGGACGUCGGAGGUUGGAACACGCGCAUCGGUGUUGUGACGGACGAAGACGAUGAUUGCUCCCUGACUCCGACGAGUACGUUUCGCACAGCCAUCGGCAAGAGGUCGCAACAGCGGCAGAGGGACACCGGAGAGAAUAUCAAGUUCCCGCGUCGCUUCCUCACCGCCAAGGAGAGGAAAGAAUGGCACAAGCCAAUGUCGCCUGAAAGUUUUUACGCAUCAGACGGCCUGGAAUCUGGCGAGUCCUGGCAGUUUGGUGACUCAGCGCUGGAGCUAUUCCGUGAGGAGACCGGCACCAAGGCCUGUUUGCCUAUACAGAAUGGACCUGUGGAAAACUGGGAUGCCAUGGAAAAUAUUUACCACUAUGCAUACUUCAACUGUUUACGACUGUCGCCAGCCGAGCACCCUCUAGCGUGCAGUCUCAACGCUAGCCUCUCCAUUGCACAGAAAGGCAUCUUCCUGGAGGAGAUGCUGGAAAAGCUGUGCGUACCCGCCGUGCUACCGUUCUCAGACGCAGCGCUAGCACUGUACGCUACUGGACUGUCGACCGGUGUGGUACUCAUGGCCGGGCACACGACAACGCACGCGGUGGCGUUUCAUCAAGGUGUUCCGGUGACCGAGUAUGGCAAUAUCACGUCACUGCCCGUGGGUGGUCGCCACAUCACUAAGAUUAUUGCAACUGCCAUGCAGAACCGGCAGUACCGACUUCACAACUACGCGCCCGACGCUGUAACGGACGAGGCCAUAGCGCACGCCAUCAAGGAGUCGCAGUGCUACGUCAGCGAGAACCCGCGCACUGACCUCAUGAUCCAUCGUAACAUCCUGGGCGGCAUACACCCGGACGUCCCCGCAGAGCACAGGGAUUACUUCAAGCAGUUCCGGCCGUCCGUACUCAAGACCGACUCGUUUCACAGCGUGGUGCCGGAGAGCGGCGAGAGGCUGUACGAGCACCAGUAUCGUGCACACAUUAACCACAGCGUACCCACAACAUCCAGUGGUGGUGGACUCAAACCCAAGAGGAAUACUGGUGGCGACACGACCAAGAGUAGGGGUACCAACGCGAAGACAUCGGCAGCCGGUAACACCAAGCCCAAGACGGCUGCGAGCGCGGCUGACAAGCUCCUAGAGUUUGAAGAUCCGAUGGCACCGCUCAUCUGGGCAUCGCGCGUCACCGACCGCCGCAUGCCGCGCGCCCUGCCGCCCGAACACAUCCUGGAGAGCAAGUUUGCACGCAUGUUCAGCGAGGAGGGCCUACCCACCACCUGGGAGCCGGGGCCACCGUGCACGCUACCCGACACUCCCGAUGAUCAUCUCACGGACGAGCAGCGUAAGUUCCUUACCGGGCGUCGCAAGCACGGACGGAGUGGAAACCUGUACCUGGCCGACAGGACUCGCGGUCAGCUAGGCAGUGAACAGUUCAUGGCGCCGGAGCUCCUCUUCCGCCCGCAGUACUACCCGAGCUUUGCCGUCGGCCACGAGCCGAAGGGCCUCGCCGAGCUUGCCCAGCACUCCGUCAAUAUCUGCGACGACGAGACAAUGGUGAUGGCCAUGAAACGGCGGGUGAUCACGGCCGGAGGUUGCUCUCUGCUGCCCGGCUUUAGUCAGCGUCUCAACUCCAGCCUGGACUUUGCCUGGGGUACGGGCGUGCACAGGCUGGUGACGACCAACAACGGUACGUGCGAUGAGGUGUGGCGGGGCGCGGCCACUGUCGCCUGUAUCUACACGUUCCAGCGUUUGUUCGUGACAGCACGCGACCUGCACGAGUAUGGUCCCAACAUCCUGCACGUCAAAGGACUAUUCUAAUGUUGACUAAAGCCAAGAAGAGCAAGGUGAUAAUAACGUUAUAGCUGCGAGAGCGGACAGACACAUAGUCAUUGUGAUUUUGAGGAUGACACCAAGUUCUCAACAGGAGUAUUUUAAAGUUAGUCUUUAAAUAUGCCACUUUCAGCGGCCGAUGUGCACGCGAUGAUGUGCUCAAACUCCUCAAGCAUUGUGAUGAAUGAUCAUUCAAUGAAUACAACUACAAGUCCUAUCUACGAUCAAAUGAAGACACGUGCAUCUCCCGUAUAUUUUAUUUACUAGACAUGCAUCGUUGUAACUCUAACGUGUGUAUGCUUGUCGUGUGCUGCAAGCACUUGAAUGUAUUAGUGCGUGCUUUUGAGUAGCGUGGUGAGCGCUGACACCUACCAGUGUGCCUCACUGGCGAAGCACAAUUCUUCUAAACUGUUUUUGCUUUUCCCGACCGUAGAUAUCGAAUUUUUGUUCACAAAGCCAAUUACAAUUCUGGGUUGGGACGGGACGGGGUUAGCUAACAUCAACAAAAUCCUGACUGUACAGCCGCUGGCCAUGGAUAUGUAUGGCCAACUGGCACAGCCAACGCUU